CUUCCCCUUAAUGUAAAUUUGAAUCAAAAUUAUCAUUUUUAAUUGAGCCCAAAUCUUUCUAGAAGUUUUACCACUUCACUAACAUUACCAUAUUCAAGUUGCCUGAGCUUCUGCUGCUACAACGCCACCAAACCCAGAGGGUUAGAGGCAAAGACAAGACACACUGGCGGUGAGCCAAACACCUAACGGUGUACAUGUACGUGUUGGUGACUCAACAAAGUCACAGUCAUUCUUGGUACAUAACAUGGCACCUUGGCUUCAUACAGUAACUUUCACUCUAAAUUCACCAUCUUUUUCUGCCUAUCACAGCUCACCACCUGGCUAAAAUAUCAACCCAUAAGCUUUAGGGUCCGAUAUGACCAUUUCUGGUCUCCACCAACAAAGGUAAAGUUCUAUAUCUCGUCUCUAAAGCUGUGUAGUUGGUGUAUUUGUGAAGUUUUAUCCUGUCGGUAUGCGAUUUUGGUUGGUUUAUGGGGGGUUCUGAAAUGGGCUUCAGGGUCUGAUAUGGGCAUCUCUGGUCACUACCCACUAAGCUGCAGCAGGUUUAUGUUUUGGCAGUUUUGAGUUUUUUAACCGCUAUGGAAGGUUUGGGGGGAUUGGGGUUCAGUAAUGUAACUGGUACUGCAAGGAAGAAGAGAAGUAAUAUGUAUCGUCGUCCACGGAAUGACUCUCAGCCACUGUCAGAUUUUCGGGAUAUUUCAUCCUUGUCAUCCACACCACCUUCUGAAAAUAAUAUGAUCAAGAUUGGCGAUGGAGGAUCUAUUGAAUCGGAUGAAGCAUCCAACAAUGACUUUUUCCAAGGCAGUAAUGAGCAGAGGCAUAGAGUGGAUAAAUCCAUGAGACACAGUGAAGGUGUUCUUGCACCAACUAACUGGAGACGUGCUAGUAGCAUGGGGCAAUUUGGAGUUCUUCCUGAUGGCAGUGGAAAUGAAAAUAAAGUUAAAAAGGUUAAGCUUAAAGUUGGUGGUGUCACACAUACCAUUGAUGGGAAGUCUGCACCAGAUGGUCCUUCUGGGACUGGGUCUUUUUCUAUGAGGUCUUAUUCCUACUCAGAUGCUUCACAGCCACAGCAGAAGCUGGUUAUUCAGGAAAAUUCUGAUGAAAACCGUUCCAUCAGUUCAGAUAAUGGUGAUAGCUUGAAAGGAUAUGCAUUCAAGGAUCUCUCUAACAGUGGUGUAAGGGAAUAUGGUUCUAAGAGUAAGACAGCCUACAGAAGCAUAUCUGCGAAGCAAACAGAAAGAUAUGAGCCAGUUCGGAAGAGCAAGCGGGUUGCUAAGAGGCGUUCUAUAGAUGGGGUUUUUGAUGAUGGAAACGAUGAUGAGGAGAUUCGAUAUCUUGAAAAGGUAAAAAAAUCUAAGAUCAGCAUGAACUAUGGUGCAGAAUAUGAAGAUGAUGAGGAAGAAGGAAGCAGGAAGCAACGGAAAAUAUCCAGGGUAUUAGAAAGGAAUAUUGAUGGCCUAUAUGAUUCAAAUGUGGAUGAUUAUGGCUCCUCAAAAUCUGGUAAGGUAGGUAAGAAGUUGAGAUCAGGCAGAGUAUCUGUAGAUACUGAUUAUGUGGAAGAGGAAGAAGCAGUGUCAGAUAUUGAACCUGUAAUCAACAAGAAGAAAGCUAAAAAAGAGUUUGUUGAUUUGUUGGGAGAUCCAAAGAAGGAAAUGACGAUUACCACUCGUCAACGUGCAUUUCAGACUGGCAAAGAUGUCUCUUCCAGUUCUGGCGCAAGUCUAAUUGAGUUUCCUGAUGGAUUGCCACCUGCUCCACCUAGAAAGCAAAAGGAGAAACUGUCGGAAGUGGAACAGCAACUAAAAAGAGCAGAGGCCCUCCAGAGACGUCGGAUGCAAGUUGAGAAGGCAGCAAGGGAGUCUGAGGCUGAGGCAAUUAGAAAAAUACUAGGCCAAGAUUCCAGUAGGAAAAAGCGGGAAGAUAAGAUGAAGAAACAGCAAGAAGAAUUGGCACAGGAGAAGGCUGCAAAUGCUAUGAUACUUGCAUCAAACACUGUUAGAUGGACCAUGGGUCCUUCAGGAACAUUUGUAACAUUCCCCAACGAGGUGGGCUUGCCGAGCAUCUUUGACCACAAAACUUGCAGUUACCCUCCACCGCGUGAGAAAUGUGCUGGUCCAUCAUGCUCUAAUCCAUACAAGUACAGAGAUUCCAAGUCAAAACUCCCCUUAUGCAGCCUCCAAUGCUACAAGGCACUGCAGGAAAAAAUGCCCCGAGUUUCUGCCUGUUGAUUGGAUCAAUUCUUAUUUCAGUUUGGGCUGGGCAAGGAUACUAUUGAUUACACCAAUACCUAGUUGGCCAUGUAAUGCAUACAACCAUAAUAAGUAGCUACUGGGCGCCAUUUCUGCAUAGUUAAAAUAUGUAAAUCUCAAGAACAGGGCUUCUGAAGCCCGCGAAAAUUUGGAGAUUGUUCAUGUUUAAUUGAAGAACACAGAAUCCUGUUUGUGUUGUGAUGUAUGUGGUUUGAUACCAUUAUUAUAAAUCAAUUUUAUUUUAGUUGUAAA